AUGUCUGCCGCUGCAUUCGAUAACAACGAGGGACUGAUCGACGACGUGAGAGUGACGGAGCUGCGCCCACUCAUCCCACCUUCCAUCCUCAUUGAGGAACUGCCGGUGACGCCCAACAUAGCGGCCACCGUGCGCAGUGCCCGCACGCAAGCAGCACGCAUCGUGCGUCGUCGGCCGGGCGAGCUUGACGACCGUCUGCUUGUCGUGGUUGGUCCCUGUUCCAUCCACGAUCCUGCUGCCGCGAUUGAAUACGCAAAGAAGCUCAAGGAGGAGGCAGAGAGGUUGAAGGAUGAUCUGUGCAUAAUCAUGCGCGUCUACUUCGAGAAGCCGCGCACCACCGUCGGUUGGAAGGGCCUCAUCAACGAUCCCUUCCUCGACUCGAGCUACCAGAUCAACAAGGGCCUGCGCAUCGCUCGCGGUCUCCUAUGCGAGCUGAACGAGAUGGGCGUGCCCGCGGCUGUGGAGUUCUUGGACACCAUCAGCCCGCAGUUCGUGGCCGACCUGGUCUCCUGGGGCGCCAUCGGAGCGCGCACCACCGAGAGCCAGGUGCACCGCGAGCUGGCCUCCGGUCUGUCCGUCCCUGUCGGUUUCAAGAAUGGCACGGAUGGUGGAGUGCAGGUGGCGCUGGAUGCUAUCAAGGCGGCGUCGAAUCCCCAUCAGUUCCUGGGCGUGACGAAGCAGGGCCUCACCGCGAUCGUGCGAACGCGAGGCAACGACGCGUGCCACAUCGUGCUGCGCGGCGGCAAGGGCGGACCCAACUAUGACGGAGAGAGCGUGCAGAAGACGGUCGAGCUGGCGCGCAAGGCCAAGCUCAGCACCUCGAUCAUGAUCGACUGCUCGCACGACAACUCGCGCAAGAACCACGCCAACCAGCCCAUCGUCUCCGCCGCCAUCGCGGAGCAGGUGGCGGCUGGGUGUGCCGACAUCAUCGGAGUGAUGAUUGAGAGCAACCUCGUCGAGGGCCGACAGGACCUCCCCGCCGACGGUCCGCAGUACCUGCAGUACGGGAAGAGCAUCACCGACGCGUGCAUCAGCUUCAAGGACACGAUCCCCGUGCUCGAGUCCCUCGCCGCGGCCGUGCGAGAACGGAGGAAGAAGGCGGACUCCGCCGCCACCACCAACGGCUCCGCGUAG